CGUAUGAUAAACCUCGCAGAGUUGACUCCUUACAUCCUGUGUUCCAUCUGCAAAGGUUACUUUAUUGAUGCUACAACUAUUACAGAAUGCCUGCACACCUUUUGUAAAAGCUGCAUAGUGAGGCACUUCUACUAUAGCAACAGAUGUCCAAAAUGCAAUAUCGUUGUACAUCAGACCCAGCCCCUUUAUAAUAUCAGAUUGGACCGGCAACUUCAAGAUAUAGUCUAUAAAUUAGUUGUCAAUUUGGAGGAAAGAGAGAAAAAACAAAUGCAUGACUUCUAUAAAGAAAGAGGAUUAGAAGUGCCCAAACCAGCUGUCCCACAGCCAGUUCCGGUUAGCAGAGGAAGACCUCGAAAAGUUCUGGGCUCUGUGUUCCGGAUCCCACCGGAACUUGACAUCUCCAUACUUCUGGAGUUCAUUGGAGCUAACGAAGGCACAGGGAAUUUUAAGCCUUUGGAAAAGAAGUUUGUGCGUGUUUCAGGGGAGGCAACAAUUGGACAUGUGGAGAAAUUCCUCAGAAGAAAGAUGGAUCUGGACCCUUCUUGUCAGGUGGACAUAAUAUGUGGUGAUCACCUGCUGGAACACUACCAGACACUGAGGGAAAUUCGUCAAGCCAUAGGAGAGAGCGCAGUACAGGAUGGUUUACUUGUACUGCACUAUGGCCUGGUAGUAUCUCCAGUAACUGUAACUUAA